AUGUUUCGUUUCGGACAACAUCGUCGGCGCCCGAAUUAUAAUAGAGUUCCGGCAUCUACCGCAGAAUCUUCCAUCAAGAAUUAUCGGCUAAAUGAACAUGAAAUACCUCAACUGGCAGCAGAAUUCAAUGAAUGGAGGGGGGCGGGCCCUAGUGGUCAACUAAAAUCAUAAAAAAAUGAUUAAGACACUACUAAAUUAUCUAGCGGGAGGGGUUACUAUCGUCAGCAGGGACAUUCAUCGGGUAUUGCAACCUCAACUGCAUUUCGAUAUACCAGAUUGACCACGAAUUUCAUCUAUAAAAAGGCAUCCGACUAUAUUUCGCUUCCGAGAGCUGAGCAUGAAUUCGAGCAAUUAAGUUCACGAAUUGAGAUGCCAGAUGGGCAGAUGAAGCAAGUGAUCCUUUACAUUGAUGGCUACAUUUCCCGAAUCCAACGUCCAGACCACGCGGGAGACGCUUAUUUUUGUUGUCGUCAUGGGAAAUCUUGUGAUUCAAUCAAUACCCAACUCAUUACUGAUAAAUUUGGGCAAGUUCGUCAUAUAAUAACCGGAUUAUCCGGAGCAACACACGACAAAACAGCAACAGAGUGGAGCAUGACUUUCAUGCAGUUUCUUGACGAUUUGCCAGGUGACUACGCCGUCUUGGGAGAUCCUGCCUACAGAAAUCUUCACCCAUCAAUGAUACAUAGAGUGGUUAAACCAAAUCUCAGUGCUGAAGAAGAACGAUACAAACUUGAUGUAACGAAGUUACGACAAAUUGUGGAAAGGGCGAUAGGAGCGACUCAGCUAAGAUGGAGAUUGUCGCAACUACAAGAAAAUCGCAUGGCAGCCAAAGGAGGUAUUUUAUUUCCCUUCAAAUGUUUGGUUGCCAUGUCGUAUCUGCAUAACAGAUACACAAAUUACCUCGUAUGA